AUGAGGAUUAAGAGACACAACAGAAUAGUUGAGGAGUUAGUUAAAUAUAUCAAGAAAUACGGGUGGACAAUAUAUGUGGAACCUAGCAUUAAGGAUGAGGCCGGGAAACUCUGGAUACCGGACCUCAUCGUGGCGAAGGAGCAGCAGAUAAUUGUCAUAGAUGUAACAGUUAGGUCUGAUCUCCAAAUAAACUCCCUCGAAGGGGCCUGGGACGAAAAGACGAAGAAAUAUCAACAUCUUGAGAAGGAGAUAAUGGACCUUAUCGAUCAUUCAGCUGUGGUUUCGCUGGAUAGGGGUUUGUCUUUGUCGACGAGCGACGUGAAAACUCGGAAAGGACACUCCAUCAUGUAUGAUGAGUGCAAUAAAAAGAUUCCAGUGAUUAAUGCCAAAGCCCCAUUGCCUGUGGAGAAGGUGAUGUUUGACUUCCUGUCCAGCUGCAGUUCGUGUGGUGAAGGUGCUCCCACAAUGUGGUUGGGUCACCGUACAGCCUCUGACGGUCCAGGGAAAACAGCCUAUCCAACCCUGGCAACAUCCUGGACUUCUUUUCGGACCCCUUUCAAGUUUGAGAACAUCCAUCUGACAGGAAGGAGACCAGAAUUGCAUGGAAUAUUACAAAAGUUGCCGAAUCAAUGUCCAGUACAGCCGCAAUAUGACCUCCCAACCCCUACACUCAAUGCUCUUACCAAUAAAGACAAGCAGACCAACUGCCGCCUUCACUAAUCUAUCUGCUUGCUUCUCUACCUUCAAGGAACUAGGAAACCUGCACUCCAAGGACUCUUUCUUUAGCAGCACUCCCUAGGAACUUAUUAUAAACUAAGUCCUGCUAAAGUUUGCUUUUCCAAAAUGCAGCAGCUCGCAUUCUUCUAACCUGAACUCCUCAGCCCAUCACCCAUCUGAUCCAGAUCCUCUUGUACUCUGAGGUAAUCUUUUUCCCUGUCUACCACACCUCCCAUUUUGGUGUCAGCUGCCUACUUAUUUACAAUACCUCUUAUGUUCACAUCCAAUUCAUGAAUGUAAAUGGCGAAAAGUAGUGGAUCCAGCACCGAUCCUUGUGACACUCCACUGGUCACAGGCCUCCAGCCUGAAAAGCACCCUCUGCCUUCUACCUUCGGGCCAGUUCUGUACUCUAUGCGAUCUAACCUUGCUGACCAGUCUCCCGUGAGGAACCUUGUCAAACACAUUACUGAAGUCCAUGUAGAUCAUGUCCAUGCUCUGACCUCAGCAAUCCUCUUUGUUACUUCUUCAAAAAAACUGAGUCAGAUUCAUGAGACAUGAUUUCCCAUGCACAAAUCUGUUAUUAAUAUCCAGGAUUUAACUCUGUAUAUCGGGUUUUGCGUUACCCAGUUAUAGGUGUUAAUGUUCUGGAUGAAGUUCAAGUACAC